GGAGAUUACAUUGUAGGAUAAAAGUAUUCUUAGGACGAAGGCCUUUACGUGUUGCAACACUGCAACGUCGAACGUAUUUGCUGUCUUCCCUUUUAACUGUUAACUAGUCAUCUGCAAUAGUAGCCUAUUCCCAUUUCAUACCGAGAUUAUGGCUUUACUCAAAAGAUUCGUCCUUAAACCAAGCACCUUUUCCAGGUGUCUUGCCGGAGGAGUAAGCUCCGAAAUCAGCAGGUCUCAAUUUGCCUUUGCUUUUGGCGGUCCAGCGCGAACUAACACUGGAGAAAACAGGCCUUACUUUCGGUGUGGUCACAUCCGUGCUUUGCAUUCCGAGGCGCCGCAUGGCUCAUUGAUCGAAGUGGAUUUAAACCGCCUAGAUGGAGAAGAUACAGGGAUAGUGGAAAUGCAGAUGUGCCGAGACAGGGCGAGGAACUCACUCGGCCGCGUGUUUGUGGCACAGAUGAGGGAGCUGGUUGCCAAUCUGCACCAUGACGCUGCUGUAAGGGUGGUGGUCUUCAGGAGUAUGGUGCCAGGGGUCUUCUGUGCAGGCGCAGACCUGAAAGAGCGAGCACAGAUGGCGAACGUCGAGGCGGAGCACUUUGUACAUGGCCUGCGCUCCCUAAUGAAUGAGAUUGCCGCCUUGCCCAUGCCAACUAUCGCUGCGGUGGACGGCUUUGCCCUGGGAGGCGGGCUGGAGCUGGCACUGGCCUGUGACCUUCGCACGGCGGCUCACACAGCGCAGAUGGGCCUGAUUGAGACUACGCGAGGACUUCUCCCAGGGGCUGGGGGCAGUCAGCGUUUGCCGCGGGCCGUGGGCUUCUCCGCGGCCAAGGAGUUGAUCUUCACCGGACGGCGCGUGGGGGGCGAGCAGGCCCAGCAGCUGGGUCUGGUGAACCGCGCUGUGCAGCAGAACCAGGCUGGCGACGCGGCCUACAGAGACGCCCUGAGUCUGGCCAGAGAGAUCCUGCCGCAGGCUCCGAUUGCUGUCAGGAUGGCAAAGGAGGCCAUGAACCGAGGCAUUGAGGUGGACAUUGCCUCAGGAAUGGCCAUUGAGGGCAUGUGCUAUGCCAGGGUCAUCCCGACUCGAGACAGACAGGAGGGGAUGAAAGCUUUCAUCGAGAAGAGAAAACCAAACUACAUUGGCGAAUGAAGACUCACACACAUUGAAGUAAGAUCUAUACACUGACAAAAUCACACUUCACUCAGGAACCAGUUGACAUGAGGGCCCAGUGCCUUAACGGUUGACUACAUGCCACUAGGGAGUGUUGUGGCAUAUAGCGGCCUCUGUAGGAAAGCUCCUUGUGAAUGAAUUUAAUUGCUGUUAAUUAAGGGUCUGGAUGAAAUCACAAGUCGGGGAUUGUGUUGUGCACAGGGGGUAUUUUGAAGAGGCUUUUGAGGAAACAGUGUUCACGGUCUAAUUUUAGGGAUUAGGUUUUGUCUGGUGUGCUCAACAGGUUUAAAUGACAAUCUUUUCACAUCAGUCAGUUCUGUUUUCCUUGUCUUAUGCAUAAAGAUUUUUUUUUUGUGAUUGUGUUAAAUAAAGACAUUUUUGAAGCUUU